ACAAUGUGGGUUCAGAAGGAGAUAACCACUGUACAGUAGAGAGUAGACCGGGCCCAUGUUCUUAACUUUUUCUCACACUCCAAUUUAUGGAGGAACAAUAAAAGCCCAACUCCUCUCUAUUUUUUGCGCCACUUCUCUCACAUCGAUCUCUCCUACUUACUCCAAAAGCUAAGCUCUUCUCUUUUGUAUUAUGGAAGAACCGCCCAUCAUGGGAUCUGAGGGUCAAAGCUCCUAUUCUUCUACCUCCUGCACCACCUCUUCUUCUUCUUCUUCUUCUUCUUCUUCUUCUUCUUCUACAGGCGCAAGCGUCUUCACAGAAUUCAACCACACCCAAAAGAAUUCAACAGCAGCAACACAGAAAGGAUCAAGGAAAGCCCAAGAAAACGAGAAUGGCAACGAAAGUAGAAAGCGGCAGAAGAGCAGCAGCAGCAGAAGCAACGACGGGAAGCACCCAACUUAUCGUGGAGUGAGGAUGCGUAAUUGGGGGAAAUGGGUGUCGGAAAUCCGCGAGCCGAGGAAGAAAUCAAGAAUCUGGCUUGGGACAUUUCCCACUCCAGAAAUGGCAGCUCGAGCCCACGACGUGGCAGCACUUACGGUCAAGGGCAAGUCAGCUUACCUCAAUUUCCCGGAGCGGGCUCACGAGCUUCCCCGGCCGGCCAGCUCAUCGCCCAAAGACAUCCAAGCUGCCGCUGCCAAGGCCGCCGCUGCCACAUUCGGCGAGCAUCCAUCGAGAAGUAGUCAUGAAGCCGACGCCGAAGGUGAGCCUAGCGAACCGGAACCAGAGUCUCUUCCAAUCACUCACUCCCCAUCUCUCACCACCACGUCCGCAGACACCCAAGAAUUCUCAGUUUCUCCGUCCACAGAUGAAGAAGACAGCCUGUUCUUCGACCUGCCCGACCUAUUCCUGGACCUCAGCAGCAAUCAAAUCGACAGGUUUGGCUUCUGCUCGCCUUUGCUUUCGCCGGGAGAAGCCGACUUCGGAUUCCAGAUGGAGGAGCCAUUCUUAUGGGAGUACUAGGACUACUAGCUAGAAGACGCCCUUAGCCCAACUUCUUCUCCCUCUGUCCCUCCCAUCCAUGUACACUACUAACUUUCUGAUUUUUCCCACAUUUGAGCACCAAAGUUACUCCUCCGUCCAAAUCUAUAGAAACCCAAUGCAGGAAACAGUUCGUUCCAUUUAGGAAAUUGGAACCUCAGCUUAUUGGGUUUUUUGUGCCGUGCUACUCAAGUCCAGAUGUCCACUUUUCUUUUUCGGAAGAAGAUUUAUUGCAGGGUUCGACAGUGGAGGAGAAUUCUCCAUGUCUCCAUGUCUGGUUUGCUAACAUGCGCCCUGAGGGUGUGAUCAGGGGCCCUAACCUUCACCUUCUUUUAUAGUCUGAAACUUCAUAUAUAUUAUAUAAUAUUAUGGAAGAAUAGGUGUAAUAACAGUGACAUGUUUCUGUCUCUUGGAGUGAAAAAUGGAAUGUAAUCCAAAGUUUUCACUGGAUUUUUGUGCUCA